CAUUAAGUAUAAAUCGUACAACUAACAUAGAGUCGCCAUCUAUCAAAAGGUAUUAAACUUCCGGUUCUAAUUAUAUAUUUUUUUACAGUACAAUUUUAUUUAUUCUGAAUAACGUUAUGUGUUUACACAACGUUAUAUAAUAUGUAGUAAAUUAUUUUUAAUUAUCUCCCGAUUAUUAUGCAUUUCCAUAGUGGUCAUUUCAAGCAUAUUCUAUAGUAACGUCUUGAUAACUGGACGAAGAAAAAUGUCGACCCAAGAAAUACUUUACUCACCAAGUGAAUGGAGUAAAAGAUUUAAACCGGAAGAAUUAAUAUCACGGUUUUUAAUCCUUGCAGUGAACGAAACGAAAAAAGCACGAAACACUACGAAGUGUCUUUUAGACAUCCCAUAUGGUCCAACAGAGCGUACGAAAUAUGAUAUUUAUGGAACCGACUUACCCAAUGAUGCACCAGUAUUUAUAUAUAUUCAUGGUGGUUAUUGGCAAGAAUUAAGUAAAGAUUUCGGAGGAUUUUCAGUGCCAGUUCUUGUCGCCAAUAAAAUUAAAGUUGUAUUGAUCGGAUAUGAUCUAUGUCCUAAUGUUAAAUUACAGGAUAUAAUUUCUCAAAUAAAAAUUGCAACUGAGACAAUUUUAAGUUCUGCUGUAAAUUCUGGAUGUCGAUGUGUUUGGAUAUGCGGUCACAGUGCCGGUGCACAUUUAGCAGCCGCAUUAUUACAUGAUACAAAAUGGAUUGAAUGUAUGACGAAGCGAGGAUAUUUUCAAUUGAUAAAAGGUCUGUUGCUCGCUGGCGGAAUUUAUAAUUUAGGACCUCUUACCAAUACCUCGUAUAAUGAAGCUUUAAAACUUUCGGAAGAUGAUAUUAGAGAAUUAAGUUUUUCUACUCUCGAUACUAAAGAAUAUAAACCUAUUAAAAAUUUAAAAGUAAUCGCUACUGUAGGAGAGUGUGAUUCUCCUGUAUUUAUUAACGAAACACGUGAAUAUGCUCAAAAAAUUUUGUCUUUUGUGGAUAACGUAGAGUAUAUUUUAUUACGCGACAACAUUGAUCAUUUUGAUAUCGUAGAAAAUUUAUUAGAUACUGAAUUUGUUUUAACACGAUUAAUAUUGCAAUAUAUGAAUGUAUAGAAACACGAAUACUUAAAGUAUAUAAUUAAAAACGAAGCAUACAUAUAUACUUUUACACAUGUUUUACGAUCAUUUAUCAAUUAAAUGGUUUUAAUUGUAAUUAAUUGUUUAUGUAUUAUUCAUUAUUUGAAUUCUUGAUUUCUACAUAUAAAUACAAUUAUUUUAAUGUUUAAAUAUACAUAUAAAAUACUUAACACUAAAGUGCUAAGUUUUUCUAAACUAUAAAUGUCAUUAUAGUGAUCAAAGUAUACAUAUUUUGGUUUUGUUCGCAGUCAUUUUGGUUUAUUUUUUGAACUUCCUAUAAUGGACAUUCCUAUCGAAUUUGUUGUAUGUACUUGUUCUGCUGGUACAAGAAGGUGCACGAUAGUCUUA